GCUUGGAUCGAAACAAGUUGAUUAAUCUGGCCUAUCUCUUGGGCAGCGACUACACUGAGGGCAUCCCUAAUGUUGGCUAUGUAACUGCAAUGGAGAUUUUGAAUGAGUUCCCUGGUCGAGAACUAGAGCCUCUCUUGAAACUCAUAGAAUGGUGGGCUGAGGCUCAAAAGAAUAAGAAAAUACGUCCCAAUCCAUAUGAUACUAAAGUGAAGAAAAAACUGCGGCACAUAGAAAUUGCUACUGGUUUCCCAAAUCCUUCGGUGGCGGAAGCUUAUUUGCACCCUGUGGUGGAUGAGUCAAAGGGAUCCUUUACUUGGGGAAGACCUGAUGUGGAACAAAUUAGAGAAUAUCCUUUCCCCCAUUUGUUCCCUUAACAAACUGUUAAAAAGAAAGAUAUUCUAGUGCAAACAUUUGCAUAGGUG